AUGACCGAUCGAACAAACAAGAGAGUUCAUGUUGAAGGCUUGCUGAAGAGAAAGAUGAUUGAGGAGACCUCACAAUCUGAUUCUCAAUUCAUCAAGGGAAGCAAGGGAUCUUCAAGUUUCGCUCAACCAUCAACUCCCAAGUCAACCAGAAGGAAAAUCAAACAAGACAAUCGUAGCAAUGAUAUGUUUACCAUUCCUAACCAAUUGAAGUCUGUGUUUUACUCUCAAGAAACUUCCUAUCAACCAAUAAGCCUCAACUCAAAAUCUUCAAAGAUAUUUAAUUCAUCUUUGCCUCCAACCUUUGCAAACUUUGGAACGAUUGAACAAUCAACGAAUAAUCCUUUCCAAUUUUCAAAUCUGAAUAAUAACUCUGUACAAUAUUCAGAAGAUGACAUUUUCCGUCCUUCUGCUCAAUCAACAACUCCUUUCUCCAAUGGACCAUUCACUCCAAGCAAGAGAAUUGAUUCAUCAAACAAUUCUACUCCAUUCUUUAAGAGUGCAACCUCCUUUGACUCUGAUUACAAUCCUGCACCAUUCUCUCCAAUCAAAGCACAAGGAAAUAUCCACAAGAAUAGCCUCUUUUCAAAUACACAAGCCGGCAGCUGUGGUUCUUUCGAGUUCGAAGAGCAAAUCAACCAACAGGCUCAUCAACCAGAUACGAAAUUCAAUCUUUUUAGGCAACAGCAACCCCGUGAGGAAGUCGAUUUAUUCUCUCCUUUGCAACCAAAUCGUUAUGUUAGCAGAGUGGCAUCCAAUGAUACAUUUUCCACUUUGUUUUCACAAUUCGAAUAA